AUGACAAUAAUUAAACAAGUUCAAUUUGGUAACAGUGGUCUUAAGAUCUCUCCAUUAAUCAUUGGUUGCAUGACAUUCGGCUCAACUAAAUGGAAUUCAUGGUUAAUGGAGGAUAAACAGGAGGUUUUCAGGUUGUUAAAAUAUUGUUACGAUCAAGGGUUAAGAACUUUUGAUACCGCAGAUCAAUACAGUAAUGGACAAAGCGAGAGGAUCCUUGGUGAAUUUUUAAGAUUUUAUAAUAUAAAAAGAGAAACCGUUGUCAUAAUGACAAAAAUAUUUUUUGAAGUAGAUGAAACUUUAGAUGUUCCUCAGAGUAUUAAAACUGCUAAUGAUGAAAUUAAAUUAGCUGUGGUCAAUCAAAGGGGGUUAUCAAGAAAACAUAUUAUAGCUGGUGUUUCAAAUAGUUGCGAUAGAUUAGGAACAUAUAUCGAUGUAUUACAAAUACAUAGGUAUGAUCCGGAGACUCCAAUGGAGGAAACCAUGAGGGCAUUGAACGAUGUUAUAAACUCUGGUGAAGUAAGAUAUAUUGGAGCUUCAAGAAUGCUAGCCACUCAAUUUGCUGAGUAUCAAUUCAUCGCUGGCAAAAAUGGUUGGCAUAAAUUUGUUAAUUGGCAAAGCCAAUAUAAUUUACUGUACAGAGAAGAUGAAAGGGAAGUUAUUCCAUUUGCAAAGAGACAUAAUAUUGCAUUGACUCCAUACUCUCCAAAUGCGAAGGGAAUCUUGACUAGACCGUGGGGUUCCUCAACUGAAAGAACUGGAAAAGGUGAUCCUCGUCUAAAAAUGUUGAUGAAAUGCGAUAGGGAAAUAGUUGAAAGAGUGAGACAACUUGCGGAUAGAAAAAACGUCAGUAUGGCCCAAAUUUCACUUUCUUGGAUCCUUCAUAAGGGGUGUUAUCCAAUAAUUGGUGUAAAUAGUAUUCCCCGAGUACAGGAAGCGGUGGUUGCCUUACAAGAACUAUCUUUAUCAUCUGAAGAUAUCUCAUUUUUGGAAGAACCUUAUACUCCGCAUAAGCUUGUGUAA